CCACUCUAGAGAUCUUUCGGGACAUCGCAUUACGUGGAACAGAGGUAGUCAACAAAGACGUGAACACUUCUGUAAUCUCGCGCUGUACCACUAGCACUAACACCCCUUACCCUGAGGUGGUUACUUCAAGUACAAACACGGACUCCCUGCCAGUAACAGCAACUACGCAGGCUCCCAGGAACACCGGGGAAAGGCAUAGCCACUUGAAGUCAGCGACAACACCAUCAGCGAUUGUGCCCCAGAAACCAACCUUUGCGGCAGUGCUUAAACAGUUCAGUAAACCCAGUCUGAUCAUCAACCCUUUAGGGAGUAUCCAUCCACGUGAUCUAAGAACACAGUUACAGCAAAAGGUUCCACUUAGUGAGAUCCCAGUUGUCGUCAACGCUAUCAAACCGGCUCCAAAAGGCGGACUAGAAGUUUUUUGUAAUACAAACGAGGAGGUACUCAAGUUACAGGAGCACAUCAAAAAAGCUGAGGUCCAGGCAGAGGUUCGUCUCAGGCAAAAGAGGCAGCCGAGAAUAGCCAUCCAUAAUGUUCCAGAACAUGUUAAACCAGAACAGCUCAUCGCAGAGCUCAGCGCAACAGCAGGUCUAUCAGCAAGAGUAUACAAACCCCUGUUCCGACUUAAAGAGCGCCGAGCAAACAGAGUCAAAUGGGUUCUCGAGUGUACCACGGAGAGCUUUGGAAUCGCCAUCAACAUCAGACGUCUGUUCACAGCAUGGCAGGCUCAUACUAUCACGGAGUUCUUGGGAAUCCGUAGAUGUUAUAGAUGCCAGCAAUUCGGGCACUCCCAGGAUCUCUGCCGCAGCAAGAAACAGUUCUGUGCCUUCUGCGCUGGGUCGCACAACACCAAAGUCUGUCAAGCAGAGUCACCAGCCUGUAUCAAUUGCGGGGACUGCAGUGCAGUAAAUGAAUAUGGAUAUUCCGAUCACCCCGUGACACUUACAGUACAAUCGGAACUCGAUCCUAUCACAUGUUGUGCCUAUGAGAGGGAUGAGUGUUCAACAAGUGCCUCAAUCAAUAAAGGCAAAAGAUUAUUGACAGGUUUUUAUCGGGUGAGGAGGUAUCAGAAAUGUGAACCAAGCUUCGUAGGGAAUAUAGUGAAAACGUUUUCUCAGUCCUCAAGGGUUUAA